AUGUCUCAGAAUAAUUUGUUAUACGAUCUAAACCUAAAUGACAUUGAUGUCAGCAGUUUAGCUGGCCUUGCGUCUCUUUUCAGAGUAGUUGACGAACCAAAAUGUCCUGAAGUUCGUAUUGGCGAGAGCAUAAAACUUCAUGAUUAUAUAGAUAUGUCUUACAAAGGCAAUAUAUUGCCAUACAAUAAAGAGACUCAACAAAUGUUACGUUUGGAAGAAGAAAAAGUAUUAUUGCCUUCUUUGACAAAUGUUGAAGACGUUGACGACCUUAUAAAGAGGUUGAAUGAUAUUAAAAUUUCUGAUGAACAAGAUGAUUAUUCUGCAGGAAUAGUGAUCCAAAUCGUAACGAGAUUUUUAGCAUAUUCUUUACAAUUUCGUAGAUCUAUUUCAUCUGUACCUACAGAGCGCCUUUCUUCAGCUGUUGCCGCCGUUUCUGAUUAUAGGAGUGCUUUGAUAGAUCUUUCAAAUCCUUUCACAACCAUCUCUUGUAAAGACCUUGUUUCUGAUUUCUUGGAAAAAGCUCAACAUUAUCUGAAAUUACCUUUUAAUCCAUAUAAUGAUCCCACUGGAGACAUAAAAGCGGCCAUCAAUGGUGUCGCACCAUUCCAAAUCACUGGUGGCACCAUACAACCUUACGAAAGUGAAGCAACGUUUAUGGAAAACCUUUACCGUCAAACAGCUGGUCAACAUAAAUCUUUUGAUAAAGCUGCCCAUAUAGCCGGAACUAUAACUCCAUUUGGAUUCAAGGAAUAUGUACGUCAUAGAAUUCCAAUGAAACGUGUUGUCAACGGGGCUUAUAUCUGCUACGUUGACCCUUUGAACAAGACUUAUUAUUAUACCACCCUCAUUCUCGACGAAUUUCGAUUUAAAAUAUUAAAAAACCUUUUAAUCUAUGAAAUUAUUUCCGGAAAAGCUGCUUAUAUUCACAGUGCUUUAUACUUUUAUAUGAGCAUGUGUACGUGUGAGGAAGAUUUCAAUCUAAUGAAUGAAUAUGGUGUGAUUCAAUGGGGAUUUCCUUUGAAAGGUUAUUCCGAAUUUCGUGAAAAGAUGGAUGAACUUCUGGAA